UCCUUCCUUACUCCUUAGUCAUCAGCAAAAUGCCCUAGCCUCCACAAAAGAAAGCAAACCCUAACCUCCACCAAUCUUGUCGCCGUCCGUCUGUCGGAGUGAGAGACUGCUGCUGCCGCCUCCGUCGCACUCAAGAACUUCCGUCUUCGUGCUAUCGGCGUUCGUUACUUCGCUCUCACCAUCCCUUUUCGCUCUCCAUCCCCUGUUCGCUCUCAUCAGUCACCUGUUCGCUCUCCAUCCCCUGUUCGCUCUCAUCAGUCGCCUGUUCCCCGUUGUCCAUUGCGCUCAACCGCUCUCCGUCGUCCGUCGAAGGUCAAUGCUCACUGCUAGUGCUUGUUCUUCGUGUUUUUUUAUUGUCUGUUCAGAAACCAAACCCUCUUCAUGCUUGUUCUUCCAUGGCAGAUUUGCCAUAUACUACCGGUGAGACUACUUUGCAAAAGGAAUGUUCGAAUUUUGGCAAGAUAGCUUAAGUUAAGAAUACAAAUAUAGAACACUUUUGGCCUGGAACAUUAUUAUGUGCUCUCUGGGGUUUGUUCUUGGAGAUUAUGGGGGGAAUUGGAAAGAAGAGGAAGAGAGAGAAGCAACGACCCACCAUUCACCCAGACAACAAGUACGCUGAGACGCCACCAGACUUCGCUCACUUGGCUUCUCUCUACCCUUCCUUCCGUCCCUACGUCAACUAUUCCACACACGGCGGCGCCGCCCGUCCUUUCCUCGACUGGACCGACUUCAACGCCACCCGCGAACUCACCCGCGUCCUCCUCCUUCACAACCACUCCCUCCGCUGGCAGAUCCCUGACGGCCACCUCUGCCCUACUGUCCCCAACAGGUCCAACUACAUCCACUGGCUCAACGACCUUCUCUCUUCUCACAUCAUUCCAACCAACUCCGUUUCUUCUCAGCAAGGGAAAGUCAGGGGUUUUGAUAUUGGCACUGGCGCCAAUUGCAUUUACCCUCUUCUUGGCGCUUCCCUUUUUGGUUGGACCUUUGUUGGAUCAGAUGUGACUGAUGUUGCAAUUGAGUGGGCCACCAGGAAUGUUAACAGUAAUCCACAUAUUGCCGAGUCGAUUGAGAUUAGAAAGGUUGAAGACAACGAAAAGGCUCCGUGUCUUGAAGGGUUCCAUGAUGGUGGAACCAGGAUAGAUAUUUGCCAAGAGGUAGGGCCGUCUUUGCCUUCAUUACCUCUUCAUUCAAAUGUCCAUGAGAAUAAGAACUAUGAUGGACCCCCCAUACUUCUUGGAGUAGUCAGGGAUGAUGAGAAAUUUGAUUUCUGCAUGUGUAAUCCACCCUUCUUUGAAAGCUUGGAGGAAGCAGGACUUAAUCCAAAAACUUCUUGCGGUGGCACUUCCAAGGAAAUGGUUUGUCCUGGCGGUGAGAAGGCCUUCGUUGCUCGUAUUAUUGAAGACAGUGUUGUGCUGAAGCAUCAGUUUCGGUGGUUCACUUCAAUGGUAGGCAGAAAAUCAAGUCUCAAGUCCCUUGUUUCAAAACUUUGGGAGGUUGGUGUCACCAUAGUGAAGACGACUGAAUUUGUCCAGGGCAGAACAUCCAGAUGGGGGCUUGCUUGGUCUUUCUUGCCACCCAUACAGAAGCCAUCGAUUUCUUUGCUGCAGAAGAACAUGUCCUUCAUGCUUGAGGGUCUUCCACGCCAACAUGGUGCCAUUAAUGUAUUAGAAGCUGUAAAAUCUUACUUCUCUAUGCAUGGCCUGUCAUGUACACUGAAUACCUCUGCUUUCACAGUGGAUGUUGUAGCAUCCAAAGAUGAAUGUGAUUCAGUCUUGAAGAAUCAUUCUCCUGUUAUCAAUAAAUCCAUCAAUUUUCAACCUACAGGAGAGACAUCAAAUGGACUAAGACUAAAUUUAUCUUCUGAUAGGUCGAGCCUUCGUAUUUUGGUUUUUCAGCAGAUCCCUGGGACGCUGUUAGUGAAGGGUUCAUUGCAGGAUAGGAGUAGCCCAUUAUCAGGGGUGUUUGCAGCUAUAUUCCAAAAACUGGAGGAAGCUUUGCGCCAUGAAUUUUGUACGAAAUCAGCAUAGGAGUUUUAUUGCUUACCUAGCUUAUUAUAUGGGAUAGUUUUAUUGGAUAUGAUGAUAACUUGUGGGAUGAUGGAAAAAGUUAAUGAAUGCUAAUUUCUAUAUUUCAAGGAAACAAGCGAUGGUGCUGUUUGAGUGUAAAAAGGAAAUAGAGAGACAAUCAUUAAGGAUUUUGUUUAAUCAUCUUUAUAUUUAUUUUGUGCACCAAACCCAUCAAGAACUAUCCACUUGGUUUACAUGGAUCCGAAUUUUAAAAAUAAUGUACAAACUUGUAUUUUGUUGCGACUCAA